AUGGCCGACACAAAGGCGACGCCCACCAACCCCAUGAAGGAGCCCCGGAUUGACAAACUUGUCAUCAACAUCUCCGUUGGUGAAUCUGGUGAUCGUCUGACCCGUGCAUCGAAGGUCUUGGAACAGCUCACUGGUCAGACACCAGUCACCUCGAAAGCCCGUUACACUGUCCGUACCUUCGGUAUCCGUCGUAACGAAAAAAUUGCUGUCCAUGUGACAAUCCGAGGCCCCAAGGCUGAGGAGAUUUUGGAGCGUGGUUUGAAGGUGAAGGAGUACGAGCUGAGACGAAGGAACUUCUCCGAGACGGGGAACUUUGGCUUCGGUAUCCAAGAGCAUAUCGACUUGGGGGCUCGGUAUGACCCUACUAUUGGUAUCUUCGGUAUGGACUUCUACGUGGUUAUGGGACGUCCUGGUGCUCGUGUGGCAAGGCGGAAACAGAAGAAGGCUCGUAUUGGCUUCUCUCAUCGCAUCAAGAAGGACGAUACGAUGGCAUGGUUCAAGCAACGAUUCGACGGCAUCAUCUUGAAAUAA